UACUAGAAAGGUCUGUGACUGCGAGAGAGCAUAAAAAGAGCGAGCAAGCGCCCGCCCUCGUCAAAGAAUCCCCAGAACCCAAAACCCAUAUUUCUCUGUGUCUCUCUUUAAAGUUUGGCAAGAUGAGUACCAUGAAAUUUUGCCGCGAAUGCAACAACAUUCUUUACCCGAAAGAAGAUAGGGAGCGGAAGAUCCUCCUCUAUGCUUGUCGUAACUGCGAUCACCAGGAGAUUGCUGAUAACAACUGUGUCUAUAGAAAUGAGGUACACCACUCUGUGGCAGAGACGACACAAGUUCUGAAUGAUGUGGCAGCAGAUCCAACUCUUCCUCGAACAAAAGAUGUUCGUUGUGCAAAAUGUAACCAUGGAGAAGCUGUGUUUUUCCAGGCAACUGCUAGAGGGGAGGAAGGUAUGACGCUGUUUUUCGUCUGCUGCAACCCAAAUUGUGGCACACGAUGGAGAGAAUGAGAUUUGAUUGCUCACCAUAUAAUUGGCUAUGAUGGAUAUAUGCUUUAUUUGUCUGAAUUAAUGCCUACUAGUUUCUUGUUUGAUUCUGGUUUUGGCUAAAGAAAGGUGAUUGGAUUUUUUAUUUGA